UCAAAUGCGCCAUAACUGUGCAGUGUUACUGGUGCAGUCCUCGGACUGACGCGGUUAUGUAUCGGAGUUCUAAUAACACGUCAGUUACAAAACGGGGACACCUCGAGGUCAGGACAACUUUUUGGAAAAUGCUCUUUUGCUCAUAAGCAGCAAUGGACAAGACCAGUGAAUGCAUAAUGAGAUUUCAAGGAUGACUGACAGCACAAGAAGUGACGCCCGAGUUGGGUUGACUCUAAAAGGAUGCUCCCUGGUUCCAGCUUAGCCGUCUUCCUCCUCUUGGCCACAUCAAGUGCACAUACUGUUGGUCAACCGGGCGUAUGUUCAUUCCGCCGGUCUGCUGGUCUGCAAGUGAACUGCAGCUCUUUACACCUCAUGGAGCUGCCUCCUCUGCCCUCGGACACCACGGAGCUCCAUGCGCAGGACAACCGGCUCACCUCGGUGUCUCCAGGCCUGUUCGACGGACUUGUCGGUCUGAAAAGGGUCUCGCUAUCUGGGAACCCCUUCCACUGUGACUGCAGGAUUCAAUACCUGAGGAACUGGCUGCUAAAGAACAGAGCUAUUGUUCUGAAGGAGCCCACUUGUGCCAGUCCAAGCUCUGUGGCUCAGAGAGCCAUCACUGAACUCGCCGAUGACCACUUCUCUUCCUGUGUCCUGGCGAGCUGCACCGGCGGGACCUACAACACUGUGGUGGGAGUGAUGCUGUGCUGCCUCAUCGCUCUGCUACUGUGGAGCUUGAGACUGGCCAAGUCUUCCACCAUCACCCUGUACAUAGACGACAGACAUACAGGACUGGAGGCCGACUCUCUGCCCUCACUGAGGCCCACACACAGGAGGAGGCUGCACACGACUCUGUCAGAAGUCAGAGUGGACUUGAAUUCUUUCAGUUGUGCAGAGACUCUAGAAAGGCCGCUCAUCAACAUGGAGUUACUGCCACAAGUUCUGGACAUGUUGAACAAGAAGCACAAUAUAAAGAUAAAGAAUACCUGAGGGACGCUUGUCUACUACAGGAAUUAGGUAUUAAAAAAAACACUACAAUUAAAACAAAAGGAAGCAGAUGCAAGUAACAAGGCAGCACAAUGGAUUUAUUUCAGUUUGGGUUUUUUUUAGCAGUAAAGUUAUUUUACUGUUAAACCUCCAGAGCUCCGUCUUCUUACAGGUUAUUUUUUUUUCCUAACAAUGUAACCUGUUCUCUGGGAACAUGUUUACUCAUUUAGUCAUGAGAUCUAACUCUAUAUCAGUCUAUGCAUUAAAUUUCUUCUCACAACUGAUCUCAACCACUCAGACCUAUGCACUUUUCAAUUGUGCUCUUACAAAAAGACUGAGCGUUUGUUUGAUUACAUAGAGACAGUGUAUAUCUUGACAAUUUCCCAACGGGUGUCAAUCAUUUCUGACUGGGGAAAAAAAAAAGGCACACAAACAUUUUGCAAAGGUUGUGUGACUGUUCCCUUAUAUUUCCUUACGUUAAAAUAUUUACAAUGAGUGAAUUAUUACAAAUGUGGGGCAGUAAAAGUGUUUGAUUUACAUUUUCCUUGUAUCUAAAUAAACGUUUAAUUAGCUUUUAA